UUUGGGGAAGUGGAUUCAAAGGUUCAAAUUAUCGAGAACACGUAUCCUGGCACACUGUUUCAAAUGGGCUCCCUGCCAAACCAGUACCAAUGCCAAUUUGCAAAUAUCUCCUAUCAUCUAGCAACAGAUGGUUUGGGUCCGUUCAGGAUUAAUGAGAAGACAUCAGAGAUCAGUGUGGAAAGGUCCUUGGAUAGGGAACAGAGGGAAACGUACGAAAUGAUUGUCAAAUGUAUCUUGCGGACACCUGUGCAAGUGAUGCAGGUUGGGAGGUCCUUGCACGUGACUGUUCUUGACAAAGGUGACAAUGCCCCAUACCUCCCUGAUGGUAACGACACGGCUGAGGCUUUCAUUGAGUUCAACAGGAAAGAGAACACCGUGGUGGUGUCCCUCUCGGUGUACGACACAGACAGCACCACCAAGUACACAGCUACAGUGAUGAGGAAUGACACUUGGAUCACAGACAACUUCCGAGUGAAGGCCACACCUUUGGAGAUACCUGCCAGCACCAAAAUGCCUGCUCGAGGGACGGUGAACAAAUACGAGUUGAUACUGAAGAAAAACCUGUCAAUCUCUGAGAACCGGUCAUUUACUUUGGACGUCCUGGUCCGUGAUACAGAAUAUAAUGGCCCCAACAGCUCAGUGAUGCUCCAUUUCAACGUCACCAUCCGCCCAAUCAUCAUCGAGUUCACUGACAACAUGUUCCAUUUCUCGCUGAACAGGAAUGCAGGACGGUCUGCAAAGAUUGGAAGGAUUUGCAUCGCAAACUGCCACAACUUUCAAGCAUUAAAUAUAACUUACACGCUGGUGCCCCUGACUCAGACCGAGGAGAACAUCACACAUCAGGAAAGAAACUGUUCGUCCAUCGUGGGGGUCCUUAAGAGAGCUGAGGAUAUAUUCGGGUUCCUGUACAUCAAUGAUGUGAAGAUGUUGAGAGCAGGUUCCUGCUCCAAGCUUCACUAUACCAUCAUUGCCAAUGAGUCUUUGAGCAAGGAGGUGGCUAAAGCCAGCAUUAUCGUCACUCUCGAGGGCUCAUACACAGACAGAAAUAACAAUUGUCCCAAAAUCUGUGCGACAAACAGGCAGCGCUCUGAGUGUGAGGAAUGUGGCGGUCUUGGUACAUUAACGGGGAAAUGUCAGUGGCGACAGGGCUUUGAAAAGGGUAUAUCAAAAAACUACUCCACUUGCUCAUCAGACCUCGCCAGCUGUCCUGACGGGUACUGCGAUGUCGUGGAGAAGAAAAAGAGCACCUGUCCCCAAGAUUGCAUUGCUGGAAAUGUUGUUGGCGGAUUUGAACCUGGAGAGCUGGGAGGAAUUAAAGGAGGUUUCGGAACCUGCGUCUGCUAUUCUGAUAACAAAUGUGUUUGCCAAAAGGAUGAUGUUGUUGAGCUGGUUUGUGAUGAUCUGUGUAAAACCAUCAUUGCAGCUGCAGUGUUGCUAUCCUUUAUCCUGUCUGUGCUGCUGUCUUCCUAUUUCAUCCACCGGUACCACAAGAAUGCUCCCAAGCCUCCCAUCGCCUCAGCGGAAAUGACCUUCAGAAGGCCAGCUCAGGCCUAUCCCAUCAGCUACUCCUCAAACAACAUUCGGAGACCUUCCAUGGAUUCAAUGGAAAACCAAGUGGCAGUGGAUUCCUUCAAGAUACCAGAGGAUCCCAAGUGGGAAUUUCCAAGGAAGAACCUGGUCCUGGGUAAAACCCUUGGAGAAGGAGAAUUUGGGAAAGUGGUGAAGGCGACAGCAUUCAGGCUCAAGGGAAAAGCAGGCUACACCACUGUGGCAGUUAAGAUGUUGAAAGAAAACGCGUCUCAGAGUGAGCUACGGGACCUUUUAUCAGAGUUCAAUCUGCUGAAACAAGUCAGUCACCCCCAUAUUAUCAAGCUGUAUGGAGCCUGCUGUCAAGAUGGCCCUCUGUAUCUCAUCGUAGAAUAUGCCAAAUAUGGUUCUCUGAGGAGCUUCCUAAGGGAAAGUCGCAAAGUCGGGCCCAGUUACCUGGGUGAAGGCAAUCGAAAUUCCAGCUACUUGGAUAAUCCAGAUGAGCGAGCUCUGACCAUGGGAGACUUGAUAUCCUUUGCCUGGCAGAUCUCCCGUGGCAUGCAGUACCUGGCUGAAAUGAAGCUUGUCCAUCGUGAUCUGGCAGCCCGGAAUGUUCUAGUCGCUGAGGGACGUAAGAUGAAGAUUUCUGAUUUUGGGCUCUCCAGGGACGUGUAUGAGGAGGACUCUUACGUAAAAAGAAGCAAGGGUCGGAUUCCUGUCAAAUGGAUGGCGAUUGAGUCUUUGUUUGAUCACAUCUACACCUCGCAAAGUGAUGUAUGGUCCUUUGGCAUUCUCCUUUGGGAAAUCGUGACACUGGGUGGAAAUCCAUACCCCGGAAUUGCUCCGGAACGACUCUUCAAUCUCCUGAAAACUGGAUACCGGAUGGAACGACCGGAAAACUGCAGUGAGGAAAUGUACAACUUGAUGCUGCGAUGUUGGAAACAGGAGCCAGACAAACGGCCGACUUUCGCAGAAAUCAGCAAAGAGCUGGAGAAAAUGAUGGUGAAGAGCCGGGACUACUUGGACCUUGCAGCCUCCACGCCAUCGGAUUCCCUGCUCUAUGAUGAUGGAGUGGCUGAAGAAGAGACGCCAUUGGUAGACUGUAAUAAUGCUCCCCUCCCUCGGUCCCUCCCCUCCACAUGGAUUGAAAACAAACUCUACGGCAUCUCGUAUCCUUGCUGGUCCGAAGACUGCCCUGUCCCCAUCACAAGAUUCGAUGGAACUAACUCAGUCUUUACAAGAUAUGCAAAUGAUAGUGUUUAUGCAAACUGGAUGAUGCCACCUACAGCUGUAAAAUUUAUGGAGCGGUGCGAUAGUUAAUAGUUAAAAUAAAACACACUGCCCAUGGAGAGCCAACAAAGUUG